GAUGGUACUGAUAUUGAAACCGUAUAUACUGAUUUGAAUUUUGGGAUCAUUUAGGAUAUGUUUGUAGUAUUUGGUUCAUUUCUGCUUGGCACACUAUCAAGUUCACUUAAUUGAAUGUUACUCAAAGAAUAAUUUUUGUUGUCAACGUUGCUUUUCUAUGUAAUUUCGAAAUGAUUCAUUUCAAUUAUAUAGAAUUUUAGAAUUGUUGGUAUUAGUAAGCAUUGUUGAAUAAGGAAGUUUAAAAUGUGGACAUUACCGUUUUUUCCCCAAUUUAUCACACAGAAAUAGUAGAACUAAAUCCUUCUAUGACUCAAAGUAAUUGACUGACUGAUCAGUUGAGAAACAUUAUAUUCAACAUUGUAAAAUUAAGAUGGUACUUGACUGCAUUAAUGAAUUCCCGCUUUUUACUAUAAUGUUAUUUUUGCAUCACUCAAAUUAUUAUACACUGUUAAUUUUAGUUUCAAUUCUAAAACUUCAUAGUUUUUCAUUCAUGCGGUUGGCUAUUUUUUCCUGGUAAAAAAUUUUCAAAAAUGAUUUUACUUGACUGUACUCAGUGCUGGUUGGUAAAGGGUCUGGCCUACUUCUGUACAAUUAACACUUAUAAUAUUGAUCCAAUCCAACAUUGAUACUACCGUUGAAUGGAUAAAAAAUUGCGGCAUGGAUACUAUCUUGUUAAAAUGAGAUUGUUCUGUCCAAUCAUGCCUCAGUGAUUCCUGUAAUUUGUACUAUCCUUCUUUCCUUGAAGUGCUGAAAUGAGAUCAAAUCAUCUUAAUGUAGACUAGACCCUUUAUCUAAAUUGCUCACAAAUUCUUUAUUCAUUUUAAUGUUCCACUCCAAUGAAUUAUAGUUCCUGUUUAUUUUUAGAGAAAGUGAUCCUCAUCCAGAAAUAUAAAAUUAAAACUGUAGACAAAAUGUCAAUAUUAAUGAAAUUAUUCUGUUAUUUCUUUUAUUUGACUGUAAUAUAUAUUCUCACAAUGCUUAUCGAAGGCCUAGUGUGCUUUGUAGGUCAUUAUGUAGUCUUUCCUUUGCAUUUUAGAAUCUAAAUUACGAAUGUUAUUUUCUGUUGGAAUUACAAGUUUGUUCGUCCUCAUUCAGAUUUGUAGAAUUGCAAUGUUUCAGAAUGUGCCUGUUGUAUUUCUAUGAUUUGUUUGCUUAAUUUUCACUCAGAAAUAAUUGCUUUGACUUGUUGUGUUCAUCUAACUGAAAUUCACUUUCUUAUUAUACAGAAUUUUUAGUUAAUUUUACCAAUACUUUCUAUUAUAAUGUCACUGAAGAUUCACAGCAUUGUCGCUUGUUGCAAAAAUGAAGGUAUUGGCUAUAAAGGUACCUUACCAUGGAGAUUAAAAAAAGAAAUGAAACAUUUUCGAAAAAUUACAAAGGGAGACCCACCCGAAGGAAAACAAAAUGUGAUUGUAAUGGGGCGAAAAACAUGGCAAUCUUUACCGGGAGCAUUACCGGGGCGUUACAAUUUUGUCUUGUCUCGAACUGUAUCUGAACAAGCGGAAAAAAUGGACGGAGUGUCAAAAUCUUUAGAAGAUUUUUUAAAACUGAUCACGUCUGACGAAUGGUCGUCAAAAAUUCAUGAAGUAUUUUGUAUCGGAGGCGCGGAAAUUUACAAGCAACUAUUUGAGUCUUCAGUUUGUGGUAAAGUUAUCUUAACAAGAGUUCUCGCUGAUUAUGAAUGUGACGUCUUCUUACCAAAACUUGAUGGGUUCAAAAAAAUAAUUGAAAACAAUGAAGAUAUUCCAGGGGAAGAACAAACAGAAGUUGAUGGUACUAAAUGGAUGGUUGAAGUGUAUGAAAAAGUCUAAUGAUUAAAAAUCAUUAGCUUUCAAUAAAUGUUUGAGAGUGGCAUGAUAGAGACUGACAAGAUAUUAGGACAGGGGUGGGGCGGGCAAAUUAUGACCCGCGGGCUGGAUCCGGCUCACAAUAGUUUUUUAUCCGGUCUACAUAAGUCUGCUGAAAUUAAGACUACAGUUUUAUAGAUUUAAAUUUCCGUUGAAAAUAUCGAAGAAAAUAACGUCAUAAUGACCCCGAUUGUUA